CUCCUUGGCCAGGCUCCUGCGCGCAGCCGCGGAGUCCCGCACAGCACGAGCGCACCGCUCCGUCGUCUUCUGCACGGGACGCAUCCCGCAAACCCUCCUGCACCGCAACAUGGCGACAGAGUUCCAUAACCUUCAGGAGCUGAGGCACAGUGCGUCCCUGGUAACGAAGGUAUUCAUACAGAGGGAUUACAACGAAGGAACCGUCUGCCGCUUCCAGAGCAAGUUCCCCUCAGAGCUUGACAACCGGAUUGAGCGAACCUUGCUCGAGGAGACGGUGAAGACCCUGAACUCCUAUUAUGCCGAGGCCGAAAAAAUUGGAGGUCAGUCGUACCUGGAAGGAUGUCUGGCUUGUGCAACGGCUUACAUCAUCUUCCUCUGCAUGGAGACACGCUAUGAGAAGGUGCUGAGGAAGAUAUCGGGCUACAUCCAGGAGCAGAAUGAGAAGAUCUAUGCCCCUCGAGGUCUGCUGCUCACAGACCCCAUAGAGAGAGGAAUGAGGGUCCUAGAGAUCAGUGUCUUUGAAGACCGGGGAUCGGGCAGCUCCAGUCCCAGCAGCAGCGGGUCGUCGGCCGGCAGCAGCGCCCGGUGACUGGAGGGGCAGCGCCAGGCUUACGGGUACCACCACAGGGGCAGCGGGACACUCACCAACAUCCGCAUGCUGAAACAUGAGAGCACCAGGUUCUAAGACGAGCGGCGAGGGGGGGAAAAAGCCUUCACGAUCUCCCCGCAGGAGCCUACGACAUACCACCUUAAGAACGGGGGCUGGAUAUGCAACAGAAUCAACACAAGUGCAACAGAACCCACACAUAAGCAGCAGACACAUGUACGGGCCAAAAAUCCAGAGUGUCUGCGAGGAAAUAGAUUUCACUCUCCAACAGCUAUCCAACCCAAAAUAAUCAUAAUUCUUUUUCGGUUCCCAUUUUUCCAUUCACCUUCUCUCAUUCCUUCACGUCUGUUUCCAUGAGUCACACCGCCCCUGUGGUGCAGCUGAUUCAGCAGGCUUACCCGUGAUUAGACUGGACGUCAAUGCUUGAUUGUUUUCAGGGGGGUCACUGUCACUGUGUCUGUCUGCUGACUCAUUGGUUGUGAAGAGUGGCCUGUGCAGCAGCUCCGAAAUCUGGAAGGAGGGAAAAGUACCAGCCCCCGGGGAGACCCAAUGUUCUCCGGUCUCGCUGAAUGAUUGCAUUCAUGUCAGGUGGUUAGGGUCAAGCUGCUUUGAAUGCUGGCAAAUUAGGCCUUCUGUGGGAGCGCUUGGUUCGAUGCACUGUUCACAGGCAUUUGGCUUCACUAUCAAACAGCUAACAGAGAGCACCUUGGAUUAUUUACCCUUCUCAUCCACAGCAGUGGAUCCUGGUGAUCCACAUCACAGCUGUAGGACACACACACACACACACACACACACACACACACACACACAAAUGCACCCGAUUCUGCCCAAGAGCUCAUACAGACACAUACUAACACGCACAUAUACACACCGUGGCAAGUGACCAUGCAUUCACACACACACACACACACACACACACGCACAUAUUCUGGCAGAGGUGGAAUCGACCUAGCCAGGCGGUGCUCUUAGGGAGCAAUUUUAAUCCCUCUGAGGGAUUAAAAUUGCACAUAUAAGGUUUGACUACAAACAGAGCCUUUAAUUUCUUAAGUGCCACAUGACACUUGGACUCUUGUGUAUUAACAGAAAUACAGGUAUCAGCAUGUCAUUCUGUCAGUGAAACACAGUUGUAGCUCCCUCUAGGGUCAGACUGAGGAAGUUCAGAGCCUCUGAGAGAAAAUGUAGCAAAGGAUUGAGAGUGGAGAGAAAGUUGGUAUGAUUCAAAAAGAUUUCAUUUCUACUCCCUUGACGAAACUAUGAAACUUAUAUUCAUUCAAUUUGACUUUUCUAGUACAAUGUCGCCAGUACACUCAUGGCAAAGAGCCUGUGUGUGUGCGUGUGUGCGUGCGUGUGUGUGUGUGUGUGUGUCUGUGUGUCUGUCUGUGGGGGCUGAUGCGACAAAAGAAUAUCAUUAUGUUGGAAAAAUGCUGAUGCCAGAAGACAGCAAACCCACACGUUGUCUCACAAAAAAACGUAACCCUUUUUCCUCAUAACCCUGUUGUCUGCAUAUUUUAUUUAAUGUUGCCACAGUUUCUGUCUUCUUCUGUCUUUUACCUGUUUCAGUUUUAUCUUCAACCUCACUUCAUAUCAUGUGUCCUAAUCGACUCUUCCUCUUCUUUAUCCACGUAGUUAACGAUAAGCAAAACCCCCCACAGAGCUGCUUUACUGCCAGCCCUAUACUUUCACCAGAGAAGUUGGCAAGUUGACGUUGAACUAUACACUGGGAAGCCGUUGAAGGAAUGAACAUGUUUGGCUUCAGUCCAGUGUGUUAGUUUAGUUUCAACCUAACAUUCUGCUACUCGGUAGAACGAGAGGAACCUACAAAGAUAAUUCACCACAGCAGCUGAGUUCGGUUGUGCUUGUGUUCAGCCUCCUGUGCUUUUUUUCGAUGCCUUCAUGUUUCAUCCCAGUGGAACGGAUACCCAACCUGGGGCUGAUGGACCGACCUAUUUAAAAUGGACUCAACACUGCCAAUAGGCGAAUAAAGGAGCUCAUUGGACAAUGUAUAUAGAAGACAAAAAAACAAAGAGUGUAUAUGAACUGUACAGUAGAACAUGCUUGUCAAUAUGUAUCCAGUGUAAAGAUGUCGAUGGAAACGCCAUAAUGCUAUUUAAAUCCAAAACAUCAUUGAUGGCCAGUGUUAGCAUUUUUUAUCUUUGUUUUUUUUGGCCAUCAAAUCACAUUGAUGCAUUUCGUCUGUACGUCCGUGAGCUGCUGUGUACUAUGAAUGAUGAUGUUUUAUUUGGUCCAAAUUUGAAAGUGUUGCUACUGCAGCUCGUGACAUUAUUAGUAGUAAUACUAACAUCUCCUAUUAUUGCGGUGGUGAACAGAGGGGUGACGGUGACGAUCCUCAGGUAAAGGUCUCUGUAUACAAUGUGCCAUAUUCAAAGGCUGAAGUUCUAGAAGGAUACAGUAGGUCCACAGUAAUGGUUUCCAGACUGAAAUGUCUCGACAACUAUUGGAUGAAUUGACAUCGGAUUUGGCACAGGUGCCCAGAGGAUGGACCCUACUGACUAUUCCUCUUGGGCCACCUGCAGUACAGGGAAAUAUCUCUACAGUACUUUGUUGGAUCAGCACAAAAUUCACAGUUCCCACACGAUGGAUCCUAGUGACUCUUCCUGUUGCGCCACCAUGAAGUCGACAUCUGUUGUUUCGGAUGAAAUGUCUCAGGAUGAAUUCCCCCAGCCUCUCAUUCAGUGCCGCCAUUGGGUCAAAAUGUAAUCGAAGAGGGUGAACAUUUUUUUCCUGCUAAAAAACUGUGGCAGUGUCACUGUGAAGAUGUGAGCAUGCAAACAUUAGCAUUCAGCCUUGUUUUGACCAUAUCUCAAGACAUCCCCAUGCGUACAAUGAGAGAGUAGGAGAGAUUCCUGGACAAAGGUUCACAGCGAGUAACUGUCCCGUUGACAUUUUAGAGAGGAUACGUGCAUGUGAGGGUUAAGACGGGAUCAAAAACAAAUCUGAACCUAUCCUCAGAGACUGAGGUGAGAUAGAAGUACUGUGUACCAAAUGUAGCUUGUUGUUUCAGGAAGGAUUUCUCUGAUUAAUGAGGACAAUCAAAGGAGUGAAGAUUGCGAUACGGCAUCAAACGCAUUCUCGUAAGAAGAUGUGUAUUGUUGAUACAAGUACAUUAUCACAGAGCAGAUUAAACAUUGGGUCCUGGAUCCCCUACCAUCAAGAUAACCGCUGUACUAAAACAUGUCUUCGGAAGAUUAGUGGAGCUGUACAACUUGCGGUCUGGCCGAUGAUGCUUUGACCAUUUAAGUAUAUAAAUUCUCACAUGCCAUAUAUAUAUAUAUAUAUAUAUAUAUAUAUAUAUAUAUAUAUAUAUAUAUAUAUAUUUCUCCUGUGCUGUAUUUUAGAGUGCAGCAAGUGCGUUACGACCCGUGGAGUCGCGGGUGAACCCAGAUACUGUAUGUACAGUGUGUUUCGCUGUAACAAGUGCGAGAUUAUUCAUAGCGCAACGUGAAGUCUUCCUAGAAAUAUAAAAGGUAAUGAUGUAGAGUCUUGUUACCAGCCCCUUGGAGUUGCUUUGAGCUCUGAGCUGUUUCGCCUCGGGGGCGACCGAAAACUGCAUCCAUGUUUUAAUGCUGCAUGAUGUGCGUGCGUACACAACGUGACUUCCAGAUGAUGGAGAGUGAAAUCCCUGAUGAGCAAAGUCCCCAAGUCGUGCUGCCGAGAGAGAGGAGCACCAUGUCCUGAUGCUAUUUAUGUGUUUACAUCAGAUUAUUUACAUAUUAACUGAAAUGAAUUCAUGUGUUGUUGUUGUUGUUAUUGUUGUUUUAAAUCUCAAAAGUUAUUAUUAUUAUUCAAAGCAUUGGGGGAGGAGUUUUGAAGAGGUGAAUAAAGUAUUUGGUGAAGUUGA